AUGGCCUAUAAAUGCCCAUCUUGUGGGACAAGCUGCAAAUAUUUGCUUCUCAACGAUAAAAUGAAACCAGAAGAAAAAAAGUUUUUCAAAAGCCCUGUUGAAAUUGCACUCAAAUAUAUUGCCCAUAUUUCUCAGGUGUGGACAUUCCAGAAAGGCCAAAUGGACCUACUGGUCUCUUUCUACAAAAAUAAUGCUUCUAAAACAGAGGGAGCCCUGCAGCAAGCUCAUGAGAAACUAACUGCUCAGGAAAAGGAACUGGAGGCAAUAAGGAAAGAGAACAAGGAGCUGAAGAGGAUGUACCUAAACUUCAUGAAGGCUUCUCCAAGGCACCACCAGGGAAGCAGAAACAGUACCCCAAGGCCAGUUGCCAUCACCGCCCCAUCACAGACAGUUACACCGCGGCUUGGCUUCCAGCACUCCAGUGAAGUGGUCAGCCGCUCCUCUUCCACGGACUCUCUCCCCUUACGAGUGACCCACCCAUCAGCUUUCCAACAUGCCACAGGAGCCAUCCAGAUUACCCCAAGCAUGAUGACCCCAGCUGACUCUGGUAUUGCAACUCCUUCUCCAGCUUCUACUCAAAGUUUAUUCUACAGGGCAUCUUCUUCCUCUACUCACACCCCUAGCUUGAAUGUCUUUAACCUACAGCCCUCCAUGAUGAGGCAAAGUCAGAAUGCAAGCUACAGUGGACACCAACAGGAAACUCCAGCUGUUAGCCUUAACAUAUUCACUGACCACACGGAGAGGGCCCAUAUGCCGGAAUAUCAUAGCACCGAGAGGCCGCAGCCUAUGCAGCUCAGAUUCACUCCUCACUCUACCCCACAUUAUCAGAGCAGGUAA